UCUCCGUCAACUCUGGGAUUUCAAGCUCGACGAUGUUCAAUGGAGGUAAUCUCUUCCUUUAUGUAUAUUGCUUUCACUCACUCAUUCUCUCUCUCUCUCUCUCUCUCUCUCUCUCUCUCUCUCUCUCUCUCUCUCUGAAAGAUUUUUGGUUUAAUUAGAUUUAGGGUUUCAUCUCUGAAAUGAGAUUUUAGUAUUUUACUCUGAAUUGGGUUCUACAUUUUUUACCUCACAGUAUUCUUGCCGAAGUUGAAGCUAGGUUGUCAUUUUCGAAGUACUCAAUAGUUGUUCGGAGAAUUAAAACAGGUAUGCUUGAUUUCACUGUUUUAUGUAAUUUUCUUUUGAUGUUUGUAUUUGUUUAUUUUGUUCUGUUGUGUUUGGAUGUGUUUGUAGAAAAUAAGCAAAAUUUUCUUAAUGGGUUUUGAUAUUGAGUUUUGAUUAUUGAGUUGUUUCAAGGAAUAUAUAUGAUGAUGCUUUGCUUGUUCAAAAUUAUUAUUAAAAAAGAAAUUGAAAAAUUCCACAGCAGAAGAUCUUUAAUUGCAAAAUAUCUAUGCUUGGGUCGAUCUAAAUGAUGUUAUAAUUUCUAUUCAUUCUUAAGUGUUUGUGAUUUAAAUAUGUUGUUUCAUUUCUUAUGGGAUUAUUAUAAAAAGCAGAACGAUCAACAAAUCAUAGCUUAUGUAUGUUCCCCUGUAAUAUCAAAAAGUGGCUAGAUUCUGAAUUUCCCUAUAUGUUUUUGAUUCAUCUCCGGCAACGUUUAAGUACAUAGUACUAGUAACGCAAGUUUAGUAGCUGACCUUGGAAUGUAAUUUUGUAAACUGUAUUGGUUACGACAAUCUGAGUAUUUGAGAUCCAUAUACGGCCUUGUUCUAUGAUCUUUGACUUUUAUGAAUGAAUGUAGCAUUCUGACUUGUGUGCAUUUUUUUUAUUUUUUUUUCAGUUUGAAAUUUAAUUCACUAAAUACAGUAUUUACCUUAUUACUAAAACUUUAUUAUAGGGUGACAACAGAUUUUCUGAUUUUGAGAUAGGUGUAUGAAAUAAAAAUUUGAGAAACAUUUCCAUCUUUUUGCACAAUUUAAGUAUGUUUGAUAAUUUUUUAAGACAUGCUGCAGAACAUGUGGUUGACGAAGCUUUCCAUGGUAAUAAAGUGAACUGUCAUCUUAUUAAUAGCAUAGAACUUUUAUUUAUUUAUUUAUUUAUUUUCAUGUUACUAAAUCCAAUGAUGUAAUAAUCUUCUCUAUUCCAAAUGAAAAGAGAAUACCUACGGUUAAAGGUUAGCUAUUUAAAAUGGCUAAAUUGAUCAUUGGAAUGUUUUAAUGACAGUGAAUACCAGAUUUCUUCUACUCUUCUGACCUGUCUUAACAACUCACAAAGUAGUCCCCCCCAACCUAGCCCACCCACCCCAAAAUUUGAAGGGAGGAUUCUAACAAAAACAAACAGUUUGGUUUCCUAUAUCAUGACACAAUUCCAUGUCCUAUUUCUAUUGGUCUGUGCUUUAAAUGUGGGAGGUUGGAACUUGGUACUGAAACUAACUUCUUACUGCUAGAGUCUUCUAUAGUGUUGUUUAUCAUGUCAUAUGUUCAUUCAUGUUGUUGCCGGAUAGUGCCGGUUUUCUUUCUAGACCACCUGAUAAAUUCCCACAUUUCCUUGAUAUUUUUAUGAUAUAUUUAUAUGUGGAUGUUAUAUGGAUUCGUUCAUGUGGGGAGGUGCAAAUGGAUUAAGAUGAAAUGGUAAUCGGAUUGAAUGGAUUUGUUUCUCUUAUUUAUUUUUCUUCCUUUUCUUUUUAGUUUCUUCAUAAGAGAUAAAUGUUACAUUAUUAUUAUUUGCAUACUGAUUCAUUUUGCAGCACAUUUUAUUUGAUAUUACAUCGCUAAUUAAUUGUGUGUUGUAGCUGUGUUUGAAACCUACUCUCUCUCUAUAUAUAUCUAGUUAAUUGUGUGAUUUAGCUGUGUUCAUUGUAUUAUUGAACAUUAAUGAGAUUUUUUAUAUUUGUUCACUGUAUUAUUGAUUGUAGGGUGAUUAUGAUUCAUUAGUUUUCAUUAGUUUGUAACUUUUUAAAUUUACUUUAUUAUUAUUUUCUAUAUAAAUUUUAGGAUUAGUUUUGUAAUUACAUGUAGAUUGGAUAGAUGGCAGGAACAGAUAGUGAAGUAGUUAUUAUUGAUAAUAGCGAAGCUUCUGUUUGGCCUGAAAAACAUGAAGAAAUUUUUAUUGAACUUAUGGAAGAAGAAGUUGUGAAGGGAAAUAGGAAUACUACAACUUUUACAAAGCAAUCGUGGAAGCGUAUAAAGGAGGAGCUUUGUGCACAAGCAAAGAGAAGUUAUACUGAUAAGCAACUAAGGAACAAAUAUAAUUUGUUAAGACAAAAGCACAAGGAUUUCAAGUCUUUACUAAAAGAGACUGGCAUAGGAUUUAGUGUAGCGACUGGACAAGUUACUGCGCCAGAUGAAUUGUGGGAUAGGCUUAUUCGGGUUAACAAGUCAGCUAAAAAAUUUAGAAAAAAGGGUUGUGUACUUUAUGGAAAGUUAUGCACUAUUUUCGGUGAUACCACUGCAACUGGUUCCAAUGCUCAUCCUUCAACUCGAAGUCCUUCUAUAAAUCUUGAUAAUGAUGAUGAUGAUGCUAUGUCAAAGAGUCCAUCUAUCAGGAAUCAAGAAAGUAGUUUUGAUGAGGAUGGUAGCAAAAGAAGAGGUAAAUCAACUUCCACUACGAGUUCUCGAUCGGCAAAAAAAGCAAAGUUUUCACUCGCAUUGGCAGAAACAUUGACAGUGUAUAAUGAAACCGCAAAGCGAAAGAUGGAAAUGUAUGAGAAUUCAAUGACAUCGACAAAACAUCACUUAUUGGAGGAGUGUAUUGAAGCUCUCAAUCAAAUUGAUGGAAUCAGUGGAGAAGUAUAUGCAAAGGCUAUUGAGAAGUUUGAGAGCGAAGUGUCUAGAGCAUUGUUUCUAAAGAUGCCAGAACAUAGAAGAAUUGAUUGGUUGAACUAUUUGAAGUGAUUUUUUUUUUUUACUUUGUUUAGCCUACACUUUAUAAUUGUUGGGAUUUAUGAAUGAUUUAGUUUGUAUAUGAAUGACUUUGUUUGUAAGCAUGACUUUGUUUGCAUGACUUUGUUUGUAUGACAUUGUUUGUAUGAAUGACUUUGUUUGUAAGCAUGACUUUGUUUGUAAGCAUGACUUUGUUUGUAUGACAUUGUUUGUAUGAAUGACUUGUUAGUUACUUUAGCUAUCUCCUUUUAUUUACAAUCUUAUUAUUAUUUUUUAUUAUAUAUUUUGUCUUCAAAUGUCUUCAGGAUAAUGUCUACAAAUGGUGCACCAUUCAACAUAAAUAAUCUACUUCUUGAUGAUUCAGACGAUGAGUUUGGAGAGUUAUUAGUUUUGUUUGCUUGCGUGGAGUACAAUCAAUUGUAUCUAACUAAGGAACCGUGUAGAAAUUCGGCCCUUUCAGGACAUGAGUAUGUAAUGGAGGUGUUGCAUGGUCACGAGAGUAGGUGUUAUGAUUUAUUCAGAAUGGAUAAGGACGUCUUUAAACUAUUUUGUGGUGUUCUAAAAGAAAAAAAUUUAUUGAAGAACUCUCGCUAUCUUUCUGUUGAGGAGCAAGUUGCUAUGUUCUUAUAUGUCAUUGGACAUAAUGAACGACAUCGUGUAGUUGCUGAACGAUUUCAACACUCCACCUCAACUACAUCUGAAUACUUUAGGAAAGUAUUAAAGGCGAUAUGUCAUUUAUCCAAAGAGUUAAUUACUCCACCUUUGUUUGAUGUAGUUCCUUCAGAAAUUCGAUUCAAUCCAAAAUAUUAUCCAUUUUUCAAGGUAAAAAAAUUUAUACUAUCUCUUUUAUUAUUAUUUCAAAAUUUAAUAAAUAAAGAAAGAAUAAAAGCCAAUAAUUUAUAUUUUAUUUUUAGAAUUGUGUAGGAGCUAUAGAUGGGACCCAUAUCUCAGCUCAUGUCCCCAUUGAUGAACAAAUACCAUAUCGAGGUCGGAAGGUGGAUACAACUCAAAACAUCAUGUGUAUAUGUUCAUUUGACAUGAAGUUCACAUAUGUUGUUGCUGGAUGGGAAGGAUCAGCUAAUGAUGCACGAAUUCUUUCAGAAUGUGCCACAAACCCAGAUUAUGAAUUCCCAGCUCCACCCCAUGUGUUGAGUUUAGCAUUUCAAGAGAUCAACUCCGUGAAAUGGCUAAUGUCCGUGAUGAAAUUGCUGAUCAUAUAUGGAGAGCAAAUCGACGAUGAAGAUAAUGAGUGAAGCUUAUUAACAAAUAGAUUUUUUUUUUUAAUAUUUUUCGUCAAGAUUGGACAAUUAUUAGUUCAUAUUUUAUUAUGACUUUGUCGGUUUUGUGUUAUAGAUAAUGAGUUUCGUGAUUUUAAAUUACUUAAAUUUUUUUUAAGAUGUUAAUGAGUAUUUUUUAUUUGAUUUUUUU